GGUGCCUCGGGACGUUCCCUUAUUACUCAAUAACAGGUAUCACCACCUGCCUUUUGUGCAGCUGACGUCAUUUCGGGAGCUACAGGCGGUCAAGUAAGGCGCCCAAGUAAGGCGCCGACAUGACAGGGGGAGGGCGUUGUGAGUCAGUCCAGAACUACAGAAGAGGGGACGGAGGAGACCUGUCUGCCCUGUGAGUCUAGAUAGACCCACUGCUGCUGGUUAGAGAUAGACGGCUCUCAUUGGUGGCUCAUUCCCCCCCCCCCCCCGAUGGCGCAGCUUCGCUGGGUCCGGCAGCUGUUGGCAGUAGAUGCAGGCCGUGGAUGGUACACUGCACCAAGGGGUUUACUUACCAAGCGUGCCCAAGAGCCCCACAGUUCUCCACAUAGGCUUACUGGGAAGCGGAGGACAGUCUUUGCCCGACAUGGACCACACCAGGCGGACUACCACACUGUCUCGAAGGGCUACCAAGGCAACAAAAUUUGCACCACCAAGUACAGCUUGUGGAGUUUCAUCCCUAUGAACCUCUUUCAGCAGUUCCACAGGGCUGCCAACCUGUACUUCCUGUUCUUGGUGUUGCUGAACUGGGUUCCGGUUGUUGAGGCCUUCCAAAAGGAGAUCACCAUGAUUCCUCUUCUGGUGGUGCUUAGCAUCAUCGCCAUUAAGGAUGCUCUGGAAGACUACAGGCGCUACCUGUUUGACAAGAGGGUCAAUAACAAAAUGGUGCAAGUCUACAAUAGCAAGGAGAAAAGCUACACUGUCACCCGCUGGCGGGAUGUCCAAGUGGGAGACUUUGUGCGUCUCUCCUGCAAUGAGAGCAUACCUGCUGACUUGCUGCUGCUCUACUCCUCUGACCCCCAUGGCAUCUGCUACAUUGAAACAGCCAACCUGGAUGGAGAGACGAAUCUGAAACAGAAACAGGUGGUCACAGACCUUCCACUGCAGGAUGCAGAGUUGACGCCAGAGAAUUUCCACAGUCGUAUUGAGUGUGAGAAUCCCAACAACGACCUCAGGAAGUUCCGUGGUUACAUGGAGCACUCUACUAACAUCCGUGUGGGUCUCCAUAACAACAACCUCCUCCUGAGGAGCUGCACCAUCCGGAACACUGAGACGGUUAUCGGCAUUGUGAUCUAUGCUGGCCAUGAGACCAAAGCCAUGAAGAACAACAGUGGUCCGCGCUACAAACGCAGCCAGUCGGAGAGGCGUCUCAACGGGGACGUGCUGUGGUGUGUGCUGCUGCUCUUCGUCAUGUGUCUGACCACGGCUAUAGGUCAUGGUCUCUGGCUAAAGCAGCUGAAAGAUCCCAUCUUUAUCAUUGCUGAUGAGACGUCUCCUGCCCUUGCUGGCUUUUAUGUCUUCUGGUCCAUGAUCAUAGUGCUACAGGUGUUGAUCCCCGUCUCCUUGUACGUGUCCAUUGAGAUUGUGAAACUGGGCCAGAUCUUUUUCAUUCAGAAUGAUCUGGCCUUCUACAACAAGCAGCUGGACUCCAGGAUCCAGUGCCGGGCCCUCAACAUCACUGAGGACCUGGGGCAGAUCCAGUACCUCUUCUCUGACAAGACCGGGACCCUGACGGAAAACAAGAUGGUGUUCUGCCGCUGCAGUAUUUAUGGGGUGGACUACCCUCAUGAGGAAAACGCAAGAAGGCUGGCAGUGUAUGAGCUGGAGGAAAGCCAGCUGGCCAGACGGUGUGCAGCUCUUCAGCCUAGUUGCAGUGCUAAGGCUCUGAGCUGCCGCUCACUCGGCUGUGACCGUAGCUCCAGCUCUCUCAACACCCUCACCGGUGAUCUGGAGGGAGAGGAGGAAGAUGGUCUGGAGGGAGAGGAGGAAGAUGGACGGUUCAGUCCUGCACAGCUGCAGACUAGCGCCUUCUGCAGCCGCAUGGCUAAGGAGGUGGUGCCAGACCCUCAACUGGUGAGGAAGUUGAACUGUCUGGCCUCUCCUCAUCUUCUCUCAGGUUGCAACUCCUCUGACAUCCCAGACAGCCUGGAGCUCACCUAUAUUGUGGAUUUUUUCCUGGCCCUUGCCAUCUGCAAUAGCGUGGUGGUCUCCUCGCACAGCCAACCCAGACAUGCGGUGCCAGAGGCCCAAACAUCUCACAAAUCCCUUGAGGACAUCAAAUUUAUAUUCCAGAACUUUAGCCUCCCUCCCUUGUCUGCCCUCUCCCCCCGUUCCCUGACUCAGAACAAAGAUGGUCCCCGCAGCUUCACUUCCCGACUCUUCGCCCGAGGUAAGACAGGUUUCUUCACUCCCCCAGUGACCACUGGGAAAGAGGGAGAUCCAGGCCAUGAAGGUAUCCAGGAGGUUUCUGCCCAAAACCAGAAGUUGAGUUCUCCUGGGCCUGAAAGAGGGGCACAGUGGGACGUGGAAAAUUACAAGAUGGAGGACAUGGCAACAGGAAAUUAUCUUGGGGAUGAAAUAACAAAUCUGGCAGAAGCAAGGGGGGAUCUGGAAGACUUGACCAGAGGGACAGGCCAGUGCAGAGAGUCAGGGGUCAAGAACAAUGCUACCGAUGAGCUGGUAUAUGAAGCAGAGAGUCCAGAUGAGGCAGCUCUAGUCCACACAGCCAGAGCCUAUUGUUGCACCCUGAGGGGCCGCUCAGCGGAGACUGUCCUGGUGGACCUACCUGGGAUGGGCUGUCUGGCUGUCCAGGUGCUCCACGUCCUGCCCUUUGACUCGUCCAGGAAGAGGAUGUCAGUGGUGGUGCGCCAUCCACUGACAGGGCAGGUAGUGGUCUACACCAAAGGAGCUGAUGCGGUCAUCAUGGACCUAGCUGAGAUACCUCAAGGGCAAGCAGAAGAAAGGUAUGGUCACAUCAGGGAACAAACACAGAAACAUUUAGACAGCUACGCAAGAGAAGGACUUCGCACACUCUGCAUUGCUAAAAAGACGCUGCAGGAGGACGAAUACACGAUGUGGCUGAAAAGACAGCUGUUCGCUGAGACCAGCAUAGAGAACAGAGAGGAGCUGCUGGUGGAGUCAGCGCAGCGACUGGAGACACACCUCACUGUGCUGGGUGCAACAGGGAUUGUAGACAGACUACAGGAGGAGGCUCCGGAGACCAUCGAGGCUCUGCAAAGAGCAGGCAUCAAGGUUUGGAUUCUCACUGGAGACAAACAAGAAACUGCCGUCAACAUCGCCUACGCCUGCAAACUUCUGAAACCCAGCGACAAGCUUUUGACUGUCAACUGUGCCAGCAAGGAGGCAUGUGCAGCUGUGCUGCAGGAGCUCAGCGUGGAGGUGAAAUGCGGUGGGGAGGGCUCGACUGAAGCAUCAGCAGUCGGGAAGGGCAGGGACGCCGCGUCAGGCCCGGAGGCAGGGUUUCUUCUGGUGAUUGAUGGCCAGACUCUGGAUAUGGCCCUGCAGGAGGAGCUGCAGCUUGAUUUCCUGGAGCUGUGUCAGCGCUGCAAGGCUGUCAUUUGCUGUCGAGUAACCCCACUGCAGAAGAGCCAGGUGGUACGACUGGUCCGGGAUCAGCUCAAAGUGUUGACCCUGGCCGUAGGUGAUGGGGCCAAUGAUGUCGGCAUGAUCCAGGUGGCUGAUGUGGGUGUUGGGAUAUCCGGCCAAGAGGGCAUGCAGGCUGUACUGUCCAGUGACUUCGCCAUCUCCAUGUUUAAACACUUACGUAAACUGCUGCUUGUCCAUGGCCACUGGUGCAACUCUCGUCUGGCGAACAUGAUCCUCUACUUUUUCUACAAAAAUUUGAUGUAUGUGAACCUCCUCUUCUGGUAUCAGUUCUUCUGUGGCUUCUCCGGGAGUGUGAUGACCAACUCCUGGAUCCUCAUCCUCUUCAACCUGCUCUUUACUUCUGCUCCUCCCCUCAUCUAUGGAAUACUGGACCAAUACGUGACAGCAGACACCUUGAUGCAACUGCCGGAGCUCUACAAGGCAGGACACAACUCCAAGACCUGUGUGUCCUCCACCUUCUGGCUGACCAUCCUGGAUGGUUUUUACCAAAGCAUCGUCUGCUUCUUUGUGCCUUAUUGUGCAUAUGCAGGGUCGGACAUAGACGUCCUGUCCUUUGGCUCUCCAAUCAAUGCCUCCGCUCUGCUCAUCAUCUUGCUGCACCAAGUCAUAGAGAGCCACACUCUGACUUGGCUGCAUGGCCUGGUGCUACUGGGGAGUGGCGGGUUUUACUUUGCCUUCACGUUGCUCUUCAGUGCUGGGUGUAAGACCUGCAGCCCCCCUUUAAAUCCCCUGGGUGUGGAGACUUCCCAGAUGUCCCAGUUGCCCUUCUACAUUGUGUGUACCCUCACAACCAUCAUGGCACUACUACCUAGAGUCUUAUUCCGGGCCCUGCACAACACCAUGUGGCCAUCCCCUCUCCUGAAGGCAGCACAGGAGGACAAACUGGAUCCAGAGAGGGACAGCAGGAGGGUGCAACGUUGGGGUCCGACCCCUGAGGGGGGCAGAAAGCUGCCUGUGGACGACCCCAGCCUGGAGCCCCACACUGGUUCAGUGGUGUCCUGACACCCCUGAGUUUGAAAAGACUGGUAACAGCUCCACCUAGUCAGUG